AGUAAAGACGUUUGCAAUGUUUCCAGAGAUGAGAACUUUCUGUACAAUCCUUAAAAACUAAAACUCAGCGUCGAUGAUAAUCAGAAAUAUUGCUAUUAUUAUGAGCGCUGAAGGAUCACGUGACGCUGAAGACCGGAGGAAUGAUGCUGAAAAUUCAGCAGCGCUUCACAGAAAUAAAUUCUACUGUAACAUAUGUUCAGGUGCGAGAAGCCAAGCCGGUGGUGAGCACCAAAGGCAUCCAGACGCCUGCACACAUCCAGCAGAAGCUGAAGAAAGUCCAGGUGCAGGAGGAGAGGAUGCUCGUCGUCGAGAGAGACAACCACCUCCUGGCGUCCAAACUGGCGGCGAUCUCUCGCUCCAAAGGCCUCGUGGACCACAGGAACCAUUACCCGGAGUGCAGCCUGAAUGCUGAGAAAAGAAGGGAGAAGCUUCUUCAGGUGUCUCAUGAAAACCAGGCGAUCUACCAACGAAUCACGACGCAGAAAUCCAGCUACCGCAGGGAACUCUGGGAAGAAGACUGGGAGGAAGUGGAGCGAAGGAGAGACGACAUCGCACGCUAUCCGCGAGGAGUCCGCGAGAAACAGAAGUCUAGAAAGUGUGUGAAGUUCUCCGGAGGGACGUCCAGCGGCGGAGAGACACAACACACACCUGUCCAAUAAACUCACCUGCGGUGGCCUGACGCUGAACACUGGGGGCGUGGAUUCAGAGACUUGAAAAAACCCCACCUGAUCAAGACAUGAGCCGCUUUGUAUUGAAAAUGAAUCUGACGGUGCAAAAAACAGAGAAAAUAACUUUUUUUGUUGUUUUAUGUUGUCCAAAUGACGUUCUCGGCCAUGCAUAUUACUAAUUGAGGUUCGAUAUAUUUAUUUACAAAACAUCUUCACAAGACGUGGUUCUUUACUUUAUAUUCUAAUUAUCUGUAGCAUGAAAUGCGAUCAUUUUCACCCAAAUAAUGCCUUGUUGGCUUUUGCUGCUCGUGACUGCUUUUGUGCUCCAGACUCACUAAUAUGAACCACUUAAGUUAUGAAAUAAACAAUAAUGUUAAUUCAUCCUGAUUGUGGUCAAAGUAGUCUGAAUUAUUAGUUUGUUGCGUCUCCUAGAGUUUAAGAAAGG